AUGAACAGGGUACCUCCUCCAAGUUCAUCUGCUGCCUCUUCACGAUCAGUUUCAACUAGUACGUUUAGUAGUGGGGAUACAUCACUUUCCAUAGAUGAGCUUUAUACACCAAGGGUUGACCAAAAUGAAACUUAUCAAUAUGUAUUGAAAAUAUUGAUAUUAGAAUAUAUAAAUGAACCAAGAUUCAGAAUUAUAGGCAAUCAGGUAAGAAAUUUAUUGCAAGAAGAUGCGAUUGGUAAUGGCAAUAACAAUAGUAUUGCUUCGGAACAAGCUAUAUUACAGGUAACAGCCGUGUCAUUAGAAACAUACCUUAUGAAUGUGACCAUGAACAAGAUUAAAGUCUCAGAUGUAUCCUUUAGACGAUCUCUAUUAAAGUUUUACAAUGAUAUGUAUUUGAAUCCUUCUACUUCAAAUGUUAUAAAAGAUAUGAACAGAUUUGAAGAAUUAUUCAUAUAUUUCACAAAAAUUGCUAAUAACGAAAUCAAUAAAAUUAAUCAAAUUCAGAAUAAUAAUGUACAAGAAGAGUUAUACAAGCAAAUUCAGUUGUUUGUGAAUUUAAUAAUUUUACUGUUACCCAGUAAUAUUGAUAAUAGCUUUAAAGAAAAAUUAAAUCAACUUAAGGAAGUACUAAAUCCUACUGGCACUUCUUCACGUCAGAAUCGUUAUUCUAUUGAUUUAAGUUCGAAUGUAAACAAAAAUGCUAAUGCUGAUAAAGUGCGAACACCAACAUUUAGGAUAGAAGAAAUAACACAUUGUUCUUAUUUAAUGGAAAUAUUUAAUAUUCCAGCAAUCAAAUUUCAACAAGAUAUCAUUAAAGUUAUGAAUGAAUGUAAAAACGAGAUAUAUAUAACUGAAUUAGAACAUAUUCACCAAAAUAUUUUACGUGAUAAUGGAUCUUUAAUUAAAGAGGAUUUUCAAGAUGAAGACUCUUAUUAUAACUGGAAAAAUUUCGAAUUACAUGAAAUAAAAAAACUAUCAGAAAAAUUUGAAAUGAAAACAAAUCCUGGAAAUAACCAUCAACUUAGCGCUAAUACAUUAAUUCCAACCAAUGCUGAAGAUUUAUAUGUUUCUCUAGUUUCUCUGGUUCUCGAAAGAGAACUGUCAAGAAAUCAAGUUAAGUUAGAAAUUUCAAAAGAUGCUGCAUUUUUUAUCUUUAAAAUUGUCAAAUACUGGAGACUUGAUUUUCCAACUACUAUGAGUUCCUUAAUUUACUCUGCAGCCAAUUUUAAGGUGCUGAAAGGAAACUUAAUAAAUUCUUCAAUGAUUGAUCAAGUUUUUACUGUAAUUUAUAACAGGAUUUUAUAUGAUGAAAGAUUUAAAAAUAGUAACACAUGGAAUAUUCGCGAUAAAAGAAGAUGGCUUUCUAAUCUUUUAUAUACAUCAAAUCAGUGCAUCAAUUCUAUUUGUACUUUAUUGUCCAAUCUGUUUGAUGAAAAAAAGCCAAGGUUUUCCGACAUACUGUCAUUUUAUUAUUCUUUUAUUGAAGGAGAUCCUUCAUAUCUUCAGUAUAAAAAAAACGAUAAUAAUAUGCUUAACCAAUGGUGUAAAAAAUUUAGAAGAGUAAUCUUUAAAGCCACGGAGAAUUAUUAUAUUUCUUUAAUUGAUACCAUACCAAGAGAUAAAUCUAUACAAAUUGAAAAUAUACAAGAUAUUGCUGAACAAAUUUUACUUCAAUUACAGGCCUUGCAAAAAAAAUAUAAGAAGCCAUUAUUUGAUAAAGUAAAUAUUCCUAUUGAGAUUUCCAAUUUUCUUAUAGAGGCUGUGAUUUCCGACAUUCCUACUAUAAUUGAACGGAUUAAAAAAUAUCGACAUGAUACAGCCCCAUCAAAUGCCUUAAGUACAUAUAUGAUAUUGAGCGAAUUACGUUUUGUUUAUUAUCAAACACAGCCUAACAAAUCAUUUCCAUUAUCUUUGGAGAAGCUUUUCAUCAAAUACUUAUUAUCAUUGUGUAAUAAUACAAGUGAAAAGAUUACUGAAGUUGUGCAAACUUCUUUAUCUAACGAAGAAUGGGUUAAAAUUAAUGAUACUACACCAUAUAGUUCCUCAGUUCUUGACAUUUUCAAAAUGUUAAAUGAAUCACUUUCGAUUUUCAUCAACUUGAAUUGGGAAAACAAAUAUCAAAUUGCCAAAAUAAUCACUUUCUUAUUAAAGUCAUUUUCCGAUAGCAUUCAUUUAUAUUCUAUGACAUUACUCCAAGUUAUAGAUUCUGAUUUAUCAAGAGAUGUUGAAGAUUAUGAAUUCAGGAAUUUAGAAUUGAAGGAAUCCAUCACCUUGUGUAAAAUUAACGCUGAAAAAAAACAGAAGACCUGGUUUUUCAGUGAAAUGAAAAAGGCUUUAAUCUCAGGCACCAUUGAAAUUCCAAGACCAUAUGAAUACACACGCAGGACAUGUGUAAUUCUUAAUAACUUGGAUGCGAUGAUUUCAAAAGUUAAUGAUUUAGGUGAACAGUUUAAAGCGGAAGAGAUUUCAGCAACUGUACAUAAAUUUGAGAAAGAAAAGAAACUUGCUGAAUCUCAGAAUAAAGUACAUGAUAUGCAUUUAAUAUAUUCAUUAAGAGUAGUUGCCGCUGAAAAUUUAAAACCAUUAAAAAUGAAUGAAAUUCCAGACGUUUUUGUUUCAAUUGUCAAUACAGAUGAAUCUAAGGAAAUAUCAAAAACCAAUAUAAUUUCUAAAACAUAUAAUCCUGUAUGGGAUGAAGAAUUUGAACUGGAAGAAAUCAAAGGUAAUACAUGUUUGCUUUCCUUUAAUAUUUGGCAAAAUUAUUCAUCUCAAAAAUUAAGAAGAUCAGAAAAAUAUGAAUUAUGUGGAAAAGCAACCCUUCUUUUAGAUUCAAAAAAAUUCAAAGAUGACGGUUUACCAAGUGAUAUUAUACUAGAUUUAGAUACGCAAGGUAAGCUAUUUUUGCAAGUAUCAUUAGAAAAUGAACAAUUGGAUGCAUUAUUUUGUAUUGGGAGAGCAUAUAGAACUUUUACAAGGGCUCGAGAUAGAGCAAUAAAGCAAAUUGUUCACAAGUUUUCUGAUUUUAUAACAUUUACAUUCUCUCGCGAGACAUUAAAAAAUGUUGUUUUAAGAGCCAAAGGUUCAAAAUCGAAAGAUUGUUACUAUGAUCCUUUAAUUCCAUUAUUUGACUAUUUGAAUGCCAAUUUGAAUAUACUAGCUUCAGAGUUGACACAGGAAUUACUGUUCAAAAUCAUCAUAAAUGCAUGGAUAAAGACCUUACAUGUAGUUGACUCUUUAUUGCUUCCUUCUUUAUCAGUUGUAAAACAUAAAAAGCAUGUGGCCAAUAAUGGUAAGAAAUCGAUUUGGGAUGAUGCCAAAAAUCUCAGUUUAGGAACUAAUGAUCAAAUCCCAUCAUUUGGUAGACCGCUAACACAAUUUGAAGUUGAAUUGAUAUUUAUGUGGAUUGAAACAUUAUGUGUUGAUUUUUUCCACAAUGGUGGAGAAGGCCCUCCAUUAGUUGAGUUAAAGAAUGGUUAUUAUCAAAAGAUAAUGCUAAUUCCAGCAUUUUAUGAUAAAUCAAUUUUAGAAUUGAAAAGAGAGAUAGAAAGGAUGACUCCGAUGUACAUGGACUAUUUAAACAAACAAUACUCAGUUAUAUCCAAAAAUGAAUAUACUACAAAUAGACUGAAAUCUAUUGCAAGACAAAAGACGAUUAUGGCAAAUUCCUCUAAAGUAAAGAGAAAAGAAAUAGCAGAUGUAAUUAAAAAGGAAUCAGAAGACCCCCUUGAAAGGAUGUCAGAGACGUUUGAUAUCAUUUUACGAUGUUUGAUAGCUAAAGGUGAAAUACAAUACGUUCAAACUCAAUUGAAGCAUAGAGCAGAAGUUAAAAAACAACUUGCUACAGAAAGUCUAGUUGCAGCUGCUGUACGUGGUGAGAAAUUAAGAUAA